CCGCGCUGCUGGGACCCUUCACUGUAACCCAGAUAAGCCCCGAUAAGAGCUUCAUGACGUGUGAUGCCGUCGGAGUCAGUUCAACAGCAAAGCGACUCGAGAGCGCGCAUUAAUAUUGUGAAAGAAUAAACCGCAACGUUUCCCCUCGUUCAGAGGAUCGGAACUAUCCAAACCCAAACCAUUGACCAUUUCUUGUCUGAAACUCACGCCAAGAUCACCAUGUCCAAAGACCGUAAGCCAGUUCUCAUAAUCGGCGCUGGAGUCGUUGGUCUUGUCCUCGCCCAUGGCCUCAAGAAGCUUGGAAUUCCAUUCCAGAUUUACGAACGUGACAGCCACAUCAGCUCCCGCGGCCAAGGCUGGGCCAUAACACUCCAUUGGGUGCUCCCAUUCCUGAGAGAACUCUUAUCAGAAGAAGCGUUCAAGGACGUCGAAUCGGUGCAAGUCGACCCAGAAGCCGACCGCCAAGGGCUCGGAAAAUUCGUGUUCAUCAACCUCGAAACCCUCGAGCCAAAGUUCCUCAUCCCGCCUGGCGAUCGGCGACGUGUUAAUAGAGAGAAGCUACGCAAGGUCUUGCUUAAGAGCGUGUCUGACCAGGUCAAUUGGAAUAAGCGACUUGCUUCAAUUGAAGAGCGCAACGAUGGCGUUGUCGCUACGUUCGAAGACGGAUCCCGAGCUGAAGGUUCUCUCAUCGUCGGUGUUGAGGGCAGCAACUCAAGAACAAGAAAGUUCUUAGCCCCAGAGUCAUAUCGGAAUAUUCGAUUACCGGUACGAUUUACUGGUGCUGCUCUGGAUCUCACGCCGGAGCAGGUGAAGCCGCUCAAAGACAUCGAUCCUCUUCUAUUUCAAGGCUGUCAUCCUGAAACAGGGACGUUCUUCUGGUUCAGUAUGCUAGAAACGCCACUCGUCAACGGCUCUGCGGGAACAGCUAAUGAGCACUAUCGCGUUCAAGUGAUGAUAUCGUGGCCCAUGAAGACACCAGACGACGAAGUUAAAGCCACUGACGCGGAGCGAUUGGCAUAUAUGAAGCAACGAGCGACAGAAUUCAAUCCCGUGCUGCGCGAUACAGUGCAAAGGAUUCCGGAAGGGUCUGAAGUCAUUGAGAUUGUCUUACAGGACUGGCCAUGUCCACCUUGGGAUAAUCGCAAUGGCAGGAUCACUCUCGCGGGCGAUGCUGCACAUGCAAUGACUAUGUAUCGUGGCGAAGCGGCAAAUCAUGGUAUUCUCGAUGCUUAUCGGUUAACAAAGGCUUUGGAAGGAGCUUAUCAUAAGGGAAAAGGAUUGAAAGAAGCUAUUGAUGAGUAUGAGGCGGAAUUGAGGGAGAGGACCAAGGUUGCUGUGUUGUUGAGUCGACAGGCCUGCUUGGAUGCACAUAAUUGGGCCGGAUUAAAUGAAAACUCGGCCGUCUUAAAGAAGAGGGCGAUUGUCGGAGUUUAGUCAUCGUCAAUAAAGGCAUGAAUUAUAAAACAUUGACUUCAAGGUAACAUACGUGAGAUGAGCUGUGGACCCAAUCUUGUUAAAUCAACACAGUUCUGCACAACGAGUGCCAGAACCCAGCUCCUGGAGUUUAAUCUCCUAAACUAGCAACUCUUAUUCUGUAUGAUCUUCUAAUACUCAAAAGAUGAGAUAAAACUGUCUUUGUUUCUGUUUUUUGCAUGUUUAAUUCUGUGAUUUUGGACUGUGUACAGGGUAUGCUACGUUCAACCAUCACGUAGUACAAUUGACCUCUGGCCGAUAGCUGUUAUCGGGCGCUAUCAGGUUGGCGAUAACCAUAAGAUAAGACUGGAUGAGAUCCUUCGCAAACCGUCAACUGACCACGCCAGCGUUGGGUUAGAAGAUGAAAACCGGAAGUACUUGAAGAGCUUAGCGCACCUUGAAGAAUGCUAUGUUCGCCUGUUUCCCUUCCACGGGUUGAAG